AUGCCGCAGCACAGCACCCUGCUGCACUUGGUGGCCGGAGGAUGCGGCGGCACUGCCGGAGCCAUCCUGACCUGCCCCCUGGAGGUGGUGAAGACCCGGCUGCAGUCGUCGCGGUUGGCGCUGCGGCCCGUGUGCCUCCCCGAGAUCCAGCUGCCGGGCAUGAGCGUGAGGCUGCUGCACCCCACGCCGCCCGCCCCGGGGGUGCUCAAGCUGCUCAGGGCCAUCCUUGAGAAAGAAGGUGCGCGGUCCCUGUUCCGAGGCCUGGGCCCGAAUCUCGUUGGGGUCGCUCCAUCUCGGGCCAUCUAUUUUGCUGCCUAUUCUGGUGCUAAGGAGAGACUCAAUGCUGUUUUUGUGCCAGAGUCCAAGAAAGUGCAUAUGUUGUCAGCAGCCUGUGCAGGAGUUACCUCUUCCACACUCACUAACCCGAUCUGGUUGGUGAAAACCAGAAUGCAACUGGAAGCCAGGGCCAAGGGGGAGCUGGGCAGCAAUGCACUCCAGUGUGCCAUGCACGUGUACCGCACGGAAGGCCUGCGGGGCUUCUACCGUGGAAUCAGUGCCUCCUAUGCCGGAGUGUCGGAGACCAUCAUACACUUCGUCAUAUAUGAAGCUCUGAAACAGCAGCUGCAGAGCAGCUGUCAUUCCCUGUCCCCUCCGCUUGGACUUCCACCCAACAGCCAUGAUUUCUUUGGGCUAAUGGGAGCUGCUGCUGUCUCCAAAACGUGCGCCUCGUGCAUUGCAUAUCCACAUGAGGUCAUUCGGACACGGUUGCGAGAGGAAGGGUCCCGGUACCGCUCCUUUAUACAGACUCUGCAGCUUGUGGUCCGUGAAGAGGGCCCCCUGGCCUUGUAYCGAGGGCUCCUGGCCCAUUUGAUCCGCCAGAUUCCCAACACAGCUAUCAUGAUGGCUACGUACGAACUCGUCGUUCACCUGGCCUCCUCCACCUUCCCCAACUGAGCAACAGAAAGAAGAGGACAACCCCUUCCCUCAGAAGUGCUAGGGCCAUUCCACAAGUCGGAAUUCCUGGUGUGAAAUACACUUUUAUGCUGGAAAAGGAAGCGGAUCUAGAAUGAAAAAAAAAGUGGACAAAGCAGAGGAUUUGACCUGUCUGUACUGCUGGCACCCUGCCCGUACGGAAUGAGCAUUGUUUUAUUCUGUAAUCAAAGAAUACCCUGUACUACAUGCGUUGCAUUUGUCUGCCACAGCCUGGGCUGCCUUCUGUUCCUCUGGGUUCCUAGACCUCAUGGCCUGGGAAGCAACAGUGUGUUUGCAAAGAGAGUAUUUUGGCUCUCUAAAAGGACAGGGGUGAUGUGCCUUUCAUAUUCUGAUACAUGUGCGCGCACACACAAACACACACACAGUCUUUCACAGACAUAUGACA